CGCGGGAAGGCGUGCCUCCGAUUGCGCUUGAAUUUAAGUCUGUGCCGAUGCGAAAUGCUCAAUCCGCUUUGGAUUUACACCUAGCUAGUGACUGCUGGAGCUCAAGCUUUGUUUGGAUCUAAUCAUUAUCGAGCUGAUAUUUUCCACGUCGAUGUUUGGCUGAUUUGAACCUUUUUUGUGCCACACUGGAGCUUUCAGAUGCGCAUCAACGGACGGUAACACCACAGGCGAGGUUCAGCCGUUUCCUGAACGCUUGUCCUUGCAUGGCAUGAGCGAGAUAUAAACAUCUGGUAUGCGCGCGUGUGUGUGUUGUGUGUUUGUGUGUAUGUUUCGGAACUGUUUAAUCAAGAGCUUGCAACUGGUGUGUGAACAGCAAAUGGCCAUAAACCGUCCACCUCGCAGCGCGCACGUUUCCCUGUGAUGAGUAUUUGUAUGGCUGAACUCGGAGAUUUCCUACCGACUGGACUCAGUGUGAGGAGUGAAAAGUUGUUGUUGUUUUGUUUUUGUUUAUUUUUUUAAUCGUUGAAAGACUCUUUCCAUCACCUCAUCGAUGAUGACUGAGAACAAUGAGAUGGAGAGCGAGUCGCAGCUCCAGCGCUCUCCAAGCACCAUGUCCAUCCAGCCAAUGGCAUCCAAGCUCCAGAGGCUAAAGCGCUCGCUGUCCUUCAAGACCAUCAUGCGAAGCAAAAGCAUGGAGAACUUCUUCCAAAGGUCCUACAGUGAUGCUCGUCUGCCCCCGGAUUUCAUCACUGAUCCGCCGCCUCCUUCCCCUCCACUGCUGCCUGGCUCUCCUCUCGUCGGCGACCGCUCGCCGUCCAAUUCACCGUCUCUCAGCCCCAACCCCUCCAUCUCCUCCCACUCCCCCUCUCUCAGCCUUUCCCCAUCACUGCCCACCAAGCCCCUGCGGCCGCAGAUCACCCACUGUUUCCAGGACCAUGUCUUUCGCAAGCCUACCAACUGCCAGCACUGCAAGCACAUGAUAGUGGGAAACUCCAAACAGGCUCUGCGGUGUAAAACGUGCAAGAUGGCUGCUCACCUGUGGUGCACCUCCGAGCUGUCGCAGCAGCCGUGUCAUGGGAAGUCUGGAGCAUUCAAGCGAAACUUCAGCUCACCGAUGCUCGUCAAUGACCAAUUGUCUGUUGUGAAGGAAGUUCAACCAAGCCAAGAGGCUGCACGGACGCGUGUAGACCCAGUGUAUGCUGCCUUGCGCUACGGGACGUCCUUGGCACAGAUGAGCCGCUCCAGUUUUGGCAGUUUGUCAGAGUCGCCAACACGCAGCCUGGGGGAGGGAGGUGAGGAGAGUCAGCAGAGACAGAGCAGCAUGGAGGAAGAGAUAACUCAGGAGACGGGGGACACUCCUGUCCCUGAUGCUGAGAUCGAGAAGGAGGAAGACGAGAGCAGCGGCCAAGCUCAGACUUCUGCUGAGGAGACCAGUGUGAAGGUGCCCAGGCGCAUUGAAGUUCACUCCAUCCACACCUAUGUAGCUCUCUACAAGUUUCUGCCUCAGGAACAGAAUGACCUGGAACUCCAUCCUGGUGAUCGGGUGCAGGUCACCGACGACUCUAAUGAAGAGUGGUGGAAGGGCAAGAGUGGCGACAGGGUCGGCUUCUUCCCAGCCAACUUUGUUCAGAGGGUCCGGCCGGGAGAGAGAGUGUGGAGGGUCGUCCAGGGCCUUCCGGGCGACCGAGAGAGAGGACACAUGGCCGUGAAAGAAUCCCAGAUCUGUGUGGGGAAGCUCGAGGACGGCGAGAUGUUUCUGAAGCUGAGCAGCGGAAAGAAGAGAGGACUGGUCCCAGCUGACUCCAUAGAGGAGAUCUGAGCCUCUGCAGCACACGUCACCGUCCAACCACUUACACCCACCACCACCACCACCUUUCAGGCACACUUCAUCUCACACCUUUAAACUCCCACCAUGACCCUUCUUCCAUCCCCGUCCAGCACAAAGACUGCCUUCCCAAGCAGUCCUGAGUGAAUUAAACCAAACACUGAUAAACUGCGGAAAAACAUAUGUUGGGACUACAACAACCACCCAAUGAACAAGUGGUUUCAAGCUGAUUGGUUUACUGUCUUCAUUAGAGUCUUUAAUAGAGUGUACAUUUAUGCAGUAACCCUGCUCUGAGAAAGGAGCUGUUUCUCAGCAGUCUAGUGUUGCUAUAGGUUUAUCUCUCCAAUACAUAAGUGAAUGUUUAGUUGGACAAAGGAUGCACAAGUCAUAAAUGCUUUUAACAUGCUUGCUGGGUGCUGGUUCACAUUUAGAUUUUCCUCAUCAAGACGACAUCUACCAACGUAGGAGGUGGUUGGGUCCUGUAAAGGGAACAUGAUGCUUCUGUCAACGUCCUUUUCUUCGGUUCUACCCACACCGUAUGUCUCAUCCCUAUCUGCUCAUGUCAGGGUCUCUGGCCUGGGGACUGAUAUGAGCUUCAUGUAGACUGGUACACGACAUGAGGCACUUGCCAAGGACCACCACUGCCAGCCAGAAAAAGCUCCUGCCACUCAGACAGACCGGAGAAUCAAAUGAAAGGAGUGCACACGAUCCAAAAAUCCUCAGCAGUGUCGGGCUGAGUUAUGACUGCACUUGCCAGCUUGUGGGUACAGAAAUGAGAAGAUUUCCAAAGGAAGAUUGGAGGCUUUGCGGAUCUUUUCACAAGAAAGUGAAAAACUUUUUCCUGUCUUUUACAGUUCAAAAUAACAAUGGAAAAAGUC